AUGGGAAACAAGUCUUCGAAGAUCGGAGAAGUUGUUGCCCAGAAGUAUGGUGUCCCGUUGUACGGCGCCGGCUGGGUUCCGAAAUCUGCGGCGAAUUCCGUUCUUGAAUCCUCUCAAGAAGAUUCGACCGUUGCUCCUCCGUCGACCGCGCCUACGGUUCAGGACCACGUUGUAAUCGCCGGAGGCGGCGGUGAAGGCCACAGCGGCAUCCGGAAUGCUCUCCUCCUCGCGAAAUUCGACUUCGAGUCUAAUUCUCUUUCUGAUCAGCCGGUUGCAAGGUUGGAAACUGGACAAGAUUUACCGUAUCGGAUUGCUGUUCACCCGGGAGGCGAAGGCCUGAUUUGUUCCUUUCCUGAAUCUUGCCGAUGGUAUGAAUGGGGCGCAGCAAGGAAUGAUGAUGCUCGUUCAUUGAAUUUAAGAUCAUCUGAGAAAAGACUUACCCACUUGGAAGCUGUCGGCCAACAAUUAGCUUUAGCAUUUAACGGUGAAGGUUCAUUACUUGCAACUGGUGGUGAGGACGGUAAGUUGAGGGUUUUCAAGUGGCCAAGCAUGGAAAUUGUACUCAAUGAAGAUAAUGCAUAUACUUCUGUGAAGGAUUUGCAUUUCAGCCUGGAUGGGAAAUUUCUUGUCUCUGUCGGAAGUGGCCCUGCUAGGGUUUGGGAUUUGACCAGCUUAACUGCUGUAGCUUCAUUGCCCAAAGGAAAUGAUGAGAGGUUUUGCUAUUGCAAAUUUUCUGGGUCCAGUGAUGACAACCAGGUGCUCUACAUCAUUGCGAUGCAAAGUCAGGGUGGUUAUGUUUCGAAGUGGAGCACUAAUUCAUGGAAGAAGAUCAGUUCAAAUCGCGUUGUCAAAGAUGCUGUUUGUUCUUUCGAUGUUUCUCCUGAUGGAAACCUCUUAGCAUUAGGAACAAUCAAUGGGGACAUUCGAGUUAUAAGUUCAAAAAACUUGAAGGUGAACACUCUGGUGAAGAAAGCACAUCUUGGCCUUGUAACAGCGUUAUCCUUCUCACAUGAUUCGAGGUAUGUGGUCUCAGCAUCCAUGGAUUCAAGUACCAGGGUGACAAAAAUUAAGGAUGAGAAGAAAAGUGGUUUGAAAUGGUGGAUGGUUUUCCUGAUCAUAUUGUUGGCAGUAGCAGUAGCAUGUGUUGUCAAAAGCAAAGAUCUACUCCCAGAACUACUAGAUUUGGAGCAAUUUGCAAAGUUGAAGGCCGGAUUAUAUGAAUGA